AGUGGCCGGCCGGGAUCAGCCUUUAAGAUGGCGUCUCCUCAGGGGGGCCAGAUUGCGAUCGCGAUGAGGCUUCGGAAUCAGCUCCAGUCAGUGUACAAGAUGGACCCGCUACGGAACGAGGUGCAGGGGAGGCAAGGUUACCACUGUGGUCGGCUAGCGGAGGAGGUCCGAGUAAAGAUCAAAGACUUGAAUGAGCACAUCGUCUGUUGCCUGUGCGCAGGGUACUUCGUGGAUGCCACCACCAUAACAGAGUGUCUUCAUACGUUCUGCAAGAGUUGUAUUGUGAAGUACCUCCAAACCAGCAAGUACUGCCCCAUGUGCAACAUCAAGAUCCACGAGACACAGCCACUGCUCAACCUCAAACUGGACCGGGUCAUGCAGGACAUCGUGUACAAGCUAGUGCCAGGCUUGCAAGACAGUGAAGAGAAACGGAUCCGAGAAUUCUACCAGUCCCGAGGCUUGGACCGGGUCACCCAGCCCAGCGGGGAAGAGCCAGCCCUGAGCAACCUUGGCCUCCCCUUCAGCAGCUUCGACCACUCAAAAGCCCACUACUAUCGCUAUGAUGAGCAGCUGAGCCUAUGCCUGGAGCGGCUGAGUUCUGGCAAAGACAAGAAUAAAAGCGUCCUGCAGAACAAAUAUGUCCGAUGUUCUGUUAGAGCUGAAGUUCGCCAUCUCCGGAGGGUGCUAUGUCACCGCUUGAUGCUAAAUCCCCAGCAUGUGCAGCUCCUUUUUGACAAUGAAGUUCUCCCUGAUCACAUGACCAUGAAGCAGAUAUGGCUCUCCCGCUGGUUCGGCAAGCCAUCCCCUUUGCUUUUACAAUACAGUGUGAAAGAGAAGAGGAGGUAGGGGCCAAGCCCCCACCCAUCCCUCUGCCCUUCCCUCCCCAGAUAUUUAUGUGAAAUUAACCUUGGCUUUAUUUUUUGAAAUAAAAACUUUAAAAAAA